GUAUUAUAUAUGCCAAAAUCCAAAAUCCAAAAUCUGGGCAGCAAGUCAGCAACUGUAGCAGGUUAGGAAUAGUGAAGACUGAAGAGUCGGAGAGGGUAGUUGAGAUAAUUAAUAGUGCCUCCGAUCCUCCGUAUUGAAACGAUGGAGUUUUUUGAGAAAGCCGAAGCUAACUUUUUCAUUGGGGUUACGGUUGCGCUGAUCGCCGCCGGUGUCGCCGCAUAUUAUGUGUACUCUUCCAAGAAGCCUAAAGGAUGCUUGGAUCCCGAGAAAUUCAAGGAAUUCAAACUUGUGAAGCGGACAGAGCUCAGCCAUAAUGUGGCAAAGUUUAAAUUUGAGCUUCCAACGCCCACUUCUGUUUUAGGGUUACCCAUUGGACAACACAUGAGUUGCAGGGGUAAAGAUAAUCUAGGUGAAGAUGUUAUCAAGCCGUACACUCCGACCACUUUGGACUCUGAUGUUGGAUAUUUUGAAUUAGUUAUAAAGAUGUAUCCUCAAGGAAGGAUGUCUCAUCAUUUCCGAGAGAUGCGUGUGGGUGAUUAUUUGGCAGUGAAGGGGCCCAAGGGUCGUUUUAAGUACCAGCCUGGCCAAGUAAGAGCUUUUGGGAUGCUUGCUGGAGGCUCCGGCAUUACCCCGAUGUUUCAGGUUACUCGAGCUAUUCUGGAAAAUCCAAAUGACCAUACUAAGGUGUACCUGAUCUAUGCCAAUGUAACAUAUGAAGAUAUUCUUUUAAAGGAAGAGUUGGAUGGACUUUCUGCCAAUUAUCCUGAUCGUUUUAAAGUUUACUAUGUGCUAAACCAGGUCAACAUGGUUUCUAGAUUCAUAUACUUUUUUUAUUUAUGGAUAUAUGUACAAAUUCUUUUCUUCUGGCAUUCUUGUUUAAAUUCUUUAUUACCUACAUCUACAUGUUUCUUUGGCCCAAUCUAAUUCCUUGAGAGGCACAUCUAGUGAACUGUGUGCAGUGUUUCCAUUUGCAUGAAAUUCUGAAAAUGAUUUCUAGAAAUUUAAGCAAUCAGCAAUGCUUCAUGGUUAAUGGAGUUGUGUUUGUGUUCCGUACUUUAUACAGCCCGACAGCAGUACUCUGAGAUACAAUUCUUGGGUAGUGCUGAUCAAAAGAAGAUAUUGUAGCUUGUUUGGUGAUCCCUAUUGCUUAUAGACUAUAGUUUUGACAAACAUGUCGUCAUUGCUUAAAUACACAAUGCCUCU